GAAGCGACAUAGUACGAGUACCCAUACCGGAGCAUCGCCCUUUUUGCAACUYAUAUUUUCAGACCGAUUCAACUUUAACCCUUCUGCUCAGGACUCUCUGYGUCUUUUCUUUUGACAAAUAAUACGACAACACGUAGUAGCAUCACAGAACAAAUACCAUGGGCCAGCCUUUUUCUCUUCUGUCGACGACRAAAACAUUCUAUUCGGGCUUGCUCUACUACCUGUGCGGUGGAGGGCGUCAUUCUCCCUACAAAUUGAACAAUGAAUCGACCAUUUCGAGCUUGAUGAUUAAGCCCACGGAUUCCAAAGAAACAUCCCUAUUUAAACAGCACGCAAGAAUCCAUCUUUACAGCUUGUCUUCGGUUUGGUUUCUUUAUAACAAACCGCACUACCGAAAGGGUUCCUACCGCGACGAUUUGGUCGACAACCUGCGUAAUGUUGCUAUUCCCGGUACUGGAAUCCCUCUGUCGAUCGUUGCCCGUAGCAGGUAUCUGGGCUUGAUGUUCCUAAUGACUGCCUACCCAGCAGUGAGCUAUGUUUCUGCAAUCCACAAAUGGUUGAAAUCUGGGUUUAAAUCUAGUAUCAGUGAAGAGUACGCCACGAGAUUGCUUGCUCCGGAUGAUUGGUUUUCUUAUUGGCGUCUGAAUUGCAACGUUGUUGGCAUGCAUUCGCUUCUGAACGAUGUUCCGAAAGGAUACGAGAUGGAAAACAAAUGGACAUUCCUCGACGAAGGAUCCAAGCUUGGAGUUCCGGUCUCGCCCUACUUGAAGACAUCGGGCAUCGUGGUCAAGCAUCGCAACGAGGAAGGUGGAAUGGGAAUUCAUUUCUACAAGAAUGCUACCGCUGGCGGCGACUGGAUUAUCCAGGAGACCAUCUCAAACAGUGAUUGGGUCAACACGAUGCUGCCUCCGAAAGCGCCAYUGUCUACCUUCCGGGUUAUUACACAGAGCAAGGCGUCGAUAGAUUUGGAGAAAAAACCAGUGUCAGAAGAUAUCACCGCGCUGAGUUGCGUCUUCCGCGCGGGCCGCGAGGGUGCYGCCACUGAUCACGAUUCCAUUCUGUUCGACGUGGACGUCGAAACCGGUAAGAUCAAGGGYGGUACAACCAAUGCCCACUGGUAUCGUUUAGGCCUGCUCGAAGCGCUUCCUGGACGCUGCCCUUGGAGAUCWUCCGAUACCGAACGCCACCAAACGCAUCCCGAUGGGGGCAUUCCUGUUUCAGGAAACAGUGUACCUGAUAUUAAAGGUAUGCUGGCUUUGGUGGAACAAAGCCACAUGAAAAUGUGUCCAGAUGUACCACUUGCCGGGUGGGACGUUGUAUUCAGUGCAGACUCGAAKGUUCCGAUUUGUUUGUUGGAAGUGAAUCUCUCUUGCAACUUCUUCCGGGGUUCAUUCGAUAAAAAGGUCAGUCUUUUAUUACUCGGAGCAGGGGCCGUUCACAAACAGAAUCAUUUUUUGGAAAUCAUAUCCUUUUUAAAGAUCCAUCAYAGAACAAAUUGCAUUCUCACUCUGAUUUUCUCUCGSACGUUUUACUUUCAGGUUUAUCUUGAUUUUGUGGACGAAUCUUUUGCAAAAGUACAGGAUCUGCGAUUGGCGGCAGAUGCCGAAAACAAAAAGUUCAAGGUACAAAAGUAGAACAAGAGUUGAAGGGUAACAAUUAAUUCCCUAUAMUAAUAAUAUUACACGUUCGAA